GGAGGAGUACAGAUGCGUCAUCUGCGAGCGGGUAUAUUGCUCGCGUAACUCCCUGAUGACCCACAUAUAUACCUAUCAUAAGAGCAGACCCGGCGACAUUGACAUUAAGUUCUUUUGAAGGUUUAGAUAAGGUACGGGCAACGGGAUGCAUCCAGCCCCGGUGACGCCUCCCUCUGCCAUGUACCGGAUGCCGCCGCCUACGGCGGGCGGUAUAAACGAGCCUCAGGAAUGCCCGUACUGCCGUCGCAACUUCUCAUGCUACUACUCCCUGAAGCGUCAUUUCCAGGAUAAGCACGAGCAAUCGGACACCCUCUACGUAUGCGAGUUCUGCAACCGCAGGUACCGCACCAAGAACUCGCUCACCACGCACAAGAGCCUCCAGCACCGUGGCUCGAGCGGUAUGCUCAAGAGGCUGCUCAAGACGACGGCGAUCAAGAACGUUCUAGGCAGCAUGCAGCACGCCCAGAUGCAGCAGCAGCCGCAAUGAAAAUGUCGGAACCGUCUUACAGUCUCCCCGUCCCCGUGGACGUUGUUACGCAACGUGAUCCACAUCCUCAUCAUCAUCGUCAUCAUCGUCAUCAUCGUCAUCAUCGUAAUCAUCAUCGCCUCCGAUGAUCUUCUAGCCUCCGUGUGGGCCGACCUUUCGCCGCUCACCGCCGAUCUCCAUGCGUGAUCGGCCACCGUCAUCGAUCCUCGCGGACCAACAAACACGCUGCGACGCAUCUGGAUACAUCGAGGAGGAGCGGAAAACGAGAGAGACGCGAGGCCGCGUCCACCACACUGUCAUUCCCUUCGCGUCUCCAGAGACGCGGGGGUUUGGGAACGGAUGGGUGGACAGAUUUCUCCCUCUCGAAGGGAAGGAGGGAAAAGAAGAAGAAGAAGAAGAAGGAGAAGAAGAAUGGGACGACUCGAGCCGCACGCUUUCCGCACGCCACACUUACUCACCAUCUUACUUUACUUCUGGAAUUCGUACGGCUCCUCUUCUCCCCUGAUUUCCCCCCACCCACCCGCAAGCACACGCUCUUCGUCAUCGGAGGGAGCCGAUUCGCGCUCCUCAUCUCUAGCGUUUCAUUUGCUCCCUGUCGUUUUGUAGUUCUCCUCAAGACUGCGAUUAAUCCAAAGAAGAGAAGAAGAUAGAAGAAGAAGAAGAAGAAGAAGAAGAAAUCUCCCCUUUUAUUCGGCUCGGUUUCGGCGAGGGAGCUUCUAUUUCUCUCUCUCACCGCGA